CCCCCUCUUUUUUCUUCCUCUUUCAUUUCUCGAGGCCACAGUCUUGCUACCUCUUUCUCUGAUACGCCGCCGUAGCCUUAUUCCGUCUUUGAGGCGGCGGAGUUCUUAGGAUUUUUUCCCGGCGAUCGUCGGUGUACUUCGGUUUUGCUUGCUCCGGUUUUCUUCCUCGAUCUUUCAUUGAACUUCCAUUGUGUUCCUUUGCGCUCCUGAAGAUGGGAGGCAGUCCAGCUCCAUUUGCGGAUAUUGGCAAGAAAGCCAAAGAUCUCCUGAACAAGGAUUACAUUUUCGACCAGAAGUUUACUCUGACAAUGCUGAGUGCCACAGGAACGGAACUUGUGGCUACAGGUUUAAAGAAGGAUGAAUUCUUUUUUGGCGACUUAAGCACUCUUUACAAAGGCAAAAACACCAUUGUGGAUAUGAAGAUUGAUAGUUACUCCAACAUGUCAGCUAAAGUUACUGUAAACAAUCUGUUGCCUACUGCCAAAGCAUCAAUCAGCUUUAGAAUACCUGAUCAUAAGUCUGGCAAGCUGGAUGUGCAAUAUGUUCAUCCUCACGCCACGAUCAAUUCUAGCAUCGGCCUGAACCCAACUCCUCUGCUAGAUAUUUCAGCAACAAUUGGAAGCCAAGAUCUAUGCCUAGGUGGCGAAGUCGGUUUCGACACAGCUACUGCUUCACUAACCAAGUGUAACGUUGGGAUUGGCUUGAACAAGACAGACUUCUCUACAGCACUCAUACUGGGGGACAAAGGAGAGACGUUGAAAGCAUCAUACGUCCACACAGUGAACCAAAACACAGCAAUAGGUGCAGAAUUAACGCACAGCAUCUACAACUAUAACAGCAGCACCUUCACCAUAGGGAGCUCUCACGCGGUGGAUAGUUUCACGGCGGUGAAGACGAGAUUCUCUGACAAAGGGAGAGCAGGAAUCGUAGUCCAGAGGGAAUGGAGGCCUAAUUCCCUCGUCACGUUCUCGGCCGAGUACGACCCGAAGGCCGCCGUCAAUGCGUCUCCGAGGCUGGGUCUUGCCCUUGCUCUCAAGCCCUGAGUAUAAUACGACCCGAAAAGUAAGGCCCUUUUCCCCCCUUUUGUCUUUUAGCCUUCCCUUGAUAUUUCGUACGGUAGCAUUCAUUUCUUAGCAACCCACAAAACAAAAACGAAAGGGUUUAGUUAGUGGCUUUUGCGUUAGGGUUUUAGUAAACAUUGUGUGAUAAGGAAAAAAAUAAUAAUAAUGGCUUUUCGUGAGAUGGGAUUCUUAUCUUACACCCACCGACCCAUUGUAUUGGCAAAUUGGCUAAAUGGUGUUCCCACAAAUACGAACAA